AUGAAAUCUUUCAAGAUAUCACUUCUACUUAUUUCACUCCUUCUUCUCAUUUCCAUCCAUGCAAGUACGGAUGACAACAACUCAGAAGUCAUCCCCUCGCAAGUGCUGUUCUCUCGUAGUAUCAUCAAAUUCUCCAAUCUGACUGGAACAAUCCCAUUUGCCUUCAAUAUCUCUGAAUUAGCAUCUACUGCUAUGGAGCACAGUAUGGAUGUUAAAUUCUCCAUGAUUUCGGAUCAGCCGAUCAAUUUUACUGUGCAAGACUUUGGAGAGACAAUCAUCAAGCGAAAAACCAUUGAACGGAUAGAUGAUGUGAUUUUGAAGGGACCGUGGCUCGAUUUCUUCGCAAGUAUUAUAAAAACUCGACACCCGGAACAAAAUUAUGAUCUGACCAUGGUCAUUAUGUCUGACAUCGAGGCUACUGGGUCAAUGGUUUUUGAAAUCGUUGAGGCUUUCCACACUACCAAACACGAUAUGGGUUUCGACAACACCAUUGUCCGGUGGGGUGAAUCUGGAAGCUCAGAAAACAAAGAACUUGGAAUCGAAGGAGCUAUCACUGCUGCUCUCAACUCUCCGUAUCCAAAACUCCACAUCGUCACGGACUCCCCAGUUCCACUGGAGCUUCAAUUUGGAAAAUGUGGAUUGAUUGGAUUGAAGAUAAAUAUGGAGAAGGAGGGAACUUUGGUCCUCGACCAGCAGCGUCUUUCAAGUCUGCACCGGUUCAAUCAUAUGGUCUGCAAAUCGAAUCCAGAUGAAAAUCUUGUGGACUUGUCAAUCGCUUCGGAUCAUCAUCCCGGUGCCAUCGUCCAAUUCGAUCUUCAGCGGACAUCCUCAAUCAACGGACAACUUCUGCUCACCGUAACCUGUGCGGUCCUCAGCCUCUUCAUUGUCGCCGCGUUUGCGACAUGGGUUGCGCGUCGGAAAUGGUUGAGGUACAAGCUCAGAAAGCACUACGUCAAAGUUGUCCGGCGCUUGCCCGCACCAUUCGACACUUCACAGGAACUUCGAGAAUAUCGUGAGGUCGUGGACAGAAAUUUCGAAGAUAAUCUUCAGUUUUAA